GCUGGCUAACAGAGGCGGGCUUGUUGCGUGACUGCUAACGUGCCGACGCCGACCUUCCUCCUCCUUCUUUCGGCAUCCCUCUUUGGUGCAGUCCACACUUCUCCAGCGCGGCCCGGACAAGGAGAGCACACACCCAGCGAGAUCAUGGCCGUACCUCCGACCUACGUCGACCUGGGAAAGUCUGCCAGGGAUGUUUUCACCAAGGGAUACGGCUUCGGGCUCAUCAAGCUGGACCUAAAAACCAAGUCUGAAAAUGGACUGGAGUUCACCAGCACAGGCUCCGCCAACACGGAGACCAGCAAGGUGGCCGGGUCCUUGGAGACCAAGUACAAGUGGGCGGAGCAUGGGCUGACCUUCACGGAGAAGUGGAAUACUGACAACACCCUUGGCACCGAGAUCACCAUCGAAGACCAGCUGGCGAAGGGUCUGAAGCUGACCUUUGACUCGUCCUUCUCGCCAAACACCGGCAAAAAGGGCGGCAAGCUGAAGACGGGCUACAAGUGCGACCACAUCAACCUGGGCUGCGACGUCAACUACGACAUCAACGGCACGGCCGUGCACGGCGCCGGCGUGGUGGGCUACGAGGGCUGGCUCGCCGGCUACCAGAUGACCUUUGAGGCCGGCAGGAACAGGAUCACGCAGAGCAACUUUGCAGUCGGGUACAAGACGGACGAGUUCCAGCUGCAUACAAACGUAAAUGAUGGCACCGAGUUUGGCGGCUCCAUCUACCAAAAGGUGAACGAGCAGCUGGAGACGGCCGUCAACUUGGCGUGGACCGCCGGCAACAGCAACACCCGCUUUGGCAUCGCCGCCAAGUACCAGAUUGACCCCGACGCCUCUUUCUCGGCCAAGGUGAACAACUCCAGCCUUAUAGGUCUGGGAUACACUCAGACUCUUAAGCCAGGCAUCAAGCUGACGCUCUCCGCCCUUCUUGACGGCAAGAACAUCAACGCCGGCGGCCACAAGCUGGGUCUCGGCCUGGAGUUCCAGGCGUAGAAGCUCUCGCCACUGACGCCCCCUCCAGCCCUCCCGACGUCCCCCCCCCCACUUCAAUUGAAUUAUAACGGGAAAAAUUAUUUAGCCCUCACGUUCCUCCUGUAGCCCCCGCCCUCCCACCCUUAGAUGUGCCACAGCUGGAAGACAAACGGGCGCCUGAGUCGGGACCACCUCCCACAUUUAAAGGACCACGUUUAAGGGAACGUUAUAUUUUGAAAACUAGAACCCAGCUAAGAACAAAAGUCAAAAGGGGAGUUUGAAGCGUGUCGCUGGCAAAAAGGGAACAACGUUCACCCCAGUCAUUUAUUCAUGUGAGCGUUUCACUUGUCCGAGAAAGUACGCAGAAAGAAUUGAGGGAUGAAAACGACACGCAAAAGAGCUUAAGAACCGAGUAAGCGUUCCUGUCUCUUUUUUUUUUGCUGGUGUUGCUCCUGAGAGAAGAUGGAAGCAGCUGGCAGUAGCACACAUCACACUACACCCCCCCCAUGUGUACAUUCUGUCUCUCGUGUCUGUUACUUCUAGCAAAACUAUUUUAUUGACUGUCCGUGUAGCUGAGUCCACCGGGGAAGUCUUACUAGCAGGACGGCAAAGACCGGGUCGGAUCACACGGACACAUGAGUUACGCCGAACAGGAAACUUGAGCUUUUUUGUCUUCCACUUGCAAUCAUGCUUAGUGUUUAUGACGCUCAUUUCUUCAAUAAAGAACAUCUUGAACCGA